AUGCCCCCGAAAGCCCGUGCGCCAGGCAGCGGCUCGUCUCACCGCCACGCGACGACGCAGCGGUCCAUUUCCGACUUUUUCGCGCAGCCACACGUCCCAACGGCGCAGAGGGGCCGCACGCUGCGCAAAACGCGGCGGUCGCUCGAAGCGUCGGCCAAAAGCACGCACCAGUUUCGACCCGCCGGCGUCAUGAACGACGUUCUGAGCCGCACGGCGACGAUUGGCCGCCCCCAGUCGCACCUUCGCGUCCCUGCGACGACGAGCGCUGGCAGUACGACUGCCGAAAAUGGUGUGCGCCACCUUAGGACGGCCGUCAAGCAGGACAGAAGUCGUCGUGUUCGCACGCCCACGCGCGAGACCCACUGGUGCUCCUACAAGAAGGACAAGAAGGACGGGACAGACGAGACGGACGAGUGCCUGCCGAAGCGCAUCGACUAUGACGACGUGGGCGAUGACGACGACGACAGCAGCGACGGCACGUUGAGCCGCGCGAUACGCGACCGCACGCCUUUGACCAGUGCUUUGUGUCGUGGCACGUGCAGUCAGCGCAGCACAGAGCCGGACGUUGAGCCCACGACCGUUCGCACGCCCGUGCGGGCCACGAGUCGCAACAGCUUUCAGACGCCGCUGCAGCUGUCCCAUCGUCAGGACGAACUCGACUUCCUCACGCCCCGAGAUCAGCCCGUGAUCCCCUUGUCGAACCCCACGACGCCGUCGCCCAUGAAGAAACGCGCGCGGCUCGAGAGUCCGGUUGAGUUGAUCCCCGAAGAACACGUGCAGAACUUGACGCAGGACUUGACGCACAUGGACGUGCGACAAGCAGCGCGAGGGCCGCCGUCGUUUUUCUCGAGUCAGUCGUCGAUGGACGUACACGGGUCGUCGCCCCUGACGAAGAAAGACGGGCAUGUUGUCGUGCGUGCUAAGCGAGGACGGGAGACAGGAGAACACACGACGUCGCUCUUGUCUGCCGAGAGUUACGUGAACCCGUUUGCGCCCGAACCCACGACCGAGUCGGGUAAAAAGAGGAAAAGCUUGAGACGCAAACGACGGUCUUUCCCGUCAACGUGGGUGGGCGAACAGAACCGAUCGUCGCCUCUUGCCAAGUACUUGUCGGAUUUCUCGGAACUCGGGUUGAUUGGAUCAGGGUCGUUUUCCAAAGUGUACAAGUGUAUCAAAAAGAUUGACGGGUGGGAGUACGCCGUAAAGAAGAACAAGCGCCACUUUCGUGGGAAGGCAGAUACCGAACGAGCGUUACGAGAAGUGCAGGCACUGGCAGCACUGAGCAGUAGUAACCACGUUGUGCGGUAUUUCGACGCGUGGGUCGAAGACGACUUGCUCUACAUCCAGCUGGAACGGUUAGAGGGCUGCUCGCUAGGCAGCAUUGUCGACAAGUACGCGCCACAAAAGGUGCCAGAGGAAGUGCUGUGCAAGUUGUUGUGCCACAUUGCACAGGCCCUGUACGACAUGCACAGCAAGAAGAUGGUGCACAUGGACGUCAAGUUGCAAAACGUUUUGGUUGGUCCAGGAGAAGUCUAUAAGCUUGGCGACUUGGGGACUGUCGCGCACUUGGACGGCAGCAUGGAGAUCACAGAGGGCGACAAUCGGUAUCUCAGUCGAGAGCUCCUCGAAGGCAACCGCAACAACUUGCGCGCCGGCGAUAUCUUUGCUCUAGGAGCCACGAUCUACGAGCUCGCGCUCGGCACGACUCUGGCUAGUGGUGGGGAAGAGUGGCAGAAGAUCCGCGACGGAGACCUCGUGAUGUUUCGCCAAUACUCCAACUCGCUGCAGCAUCUGAUCGCCAGUAUGAUGCAUCCCGACGCGCUCCAGCGGCCACUCGCCGAAGACAUUUUACAGCACGAGGUGGUGCUACCCUUUCGUUAA